AUGGAGGGGACUGGAGCUAACAACUUCGAGUCGCUCCUGGCGCAGCUGCGCCGGACCUCGAACCAAGAGUCCCAGCCUGUCGAGCAAAACCAUGAUCCGGCUCAGGACUUGAUUGCGCAGUUUAGCAACUACCAUCAUUCCCAUCAGCCGUAUCAUGGAGCUCAGCAAUCUUACGGACCCCCUCAAUUCCCGGAGAUGCCCUUCAAUGCUGCUGCUGCUGCUCCUGGAAUCAUGGAGUCGCACAUUCCGGCAGCUCCAUCUCCUCCUGUAAGCGGCUUCCCAAACACGCAGUUCCCGCCAGGUCUCUAUGGUGGUCACAACAACAACGCCGAGCGACACUCGAUGUAUGGCGGCCAGCAGUCCUAUCAACAACACGGCAGAGAAGACAAUGCCGAACGCCAGGGCAGCCUCUUGAGUCUUCUCAAGUUUAGUGGUUCAACUCAAAGUCAGGAGAACAACCAGUCUCACCACAACCACACUCAUAUCCCUCAAGAAGAAGCCCCGCGCGACAUGAUACAUGCUCCGGCGCCGGCACCCUCUGACCCGACCGGUCUUCUCGCUGCCCUUAUGAGGGGUGCCGAGAAAGAGCAUCACGAGUCACCGACUCAGGCUGCCCCGGCGCCGCAGUCUUGGAACUCGACCGCUCAAUCUGCCGAAUCUCAACAGUACCUCCUCAACCUGCUCAAUCGGCCGAAGCCCAGCCAAAACGAGGCGACGUAUACAGCCGAGCAGACAGAGCUGCAAAAGGAUUCGCCGCAACCACGGUCCGGACCAAACAUGGAAGGACCCGGCGAGUUUACUUCAUCCGAGGCCGCACACUCCACGGUUAACAAGGCAAACAUGUUCACUUACUCCAAUCCCUUUGAGGAGCUGGCCGCAUCGUCGCCUCUUAACCGAUCUGUCAAGGAGUCGUCGUCUCCCAACAUCACCAAUGGUCCUCCCGGUACUGGGCAGACGGCUUCUGUGCCAAUCCAAAUCCUUAAGAAGCCAGCAGGUUCGCCAGCAGCUGUCGACAAGCGCCUCAGUAACGAGCGCAGCCCUGUAUCGACCCCGGAGCAUUCGCUCCGCAAGGUCAACGACGUGGCCGAGGAGGCUGGCGUAACCAGCCCAGCCCCCAUUGUCAUCACAGUAUCACCCAAGCCAGAGAAUGGAAGGGAGACUGUUGCCCACGCGAUCAAUGAUCUGGCUGGCAAGGUCGACAACGAGGCUCAGCUUGCUCUUGAACGUGCAGAACACGAGAAGGCCCAGGCUGAGAUUGCCCAGGACCUUGAUGAGAUGCAUAAAGCCAAGAGCGAGCGCGAGUUCGAGGAAUCGGCCCAUGCAGCUGCCCAAGCCAUUAAGAAAGAGCUAGAGAAGGAGGGUAACAACUCUGUUCUCGAAGAAACUCUUCCUGAUGAUGUGGCGCAGGCUGUCAAGGACAUUGUCGAAGAGGCAGCUCAUGCUCCGGUUGCAGACAGCUGGGAGAAUGCUGCGGCAGACGAGAUUGUUGUAAUCGAGGAAGAAGACCAGCAGCCGCCGGUCAAGGUUUACAACUUUCCCAUGAAACCAUGGAUAUCUAUAUCUGUACAGGAUAUAGAGGAGGACUCGCGUCCAGUCUUCAGGGAAGAGGCUAUUCUUGACAUUGCUCGACUGAAGAAGGAAUUCGAUCAAGUCGAUCGCAAUCUUGUGGCAGCGACCGAGAGCUACAUGGCUUAUGGCAUGUCCAAAGCCGGCGGCCUUCGUGUCAUCCGCCAGAUGGACGGUAACGAUGCCAAGAUGUUCACCGAUACCAAGGAUCGAAUCUUCAACCUGUCGAUAUCUUCUACCCCUAGCGACCAGCCCGGUAGCAUCCACAAAGAGGCCAUUAUUGGCACUGGAAUUAGCGGUACUGUCUACUGGGUCCAGGUCAAGGACGGCGAGAAAGACCAUUUGGAAGAUGCCCACCCUGAGCAGUACGGGUUUGCUCUUCCACCCAUUAGCUCGCAGGAGGGCGAUGCUCCGGGAGGCGUGCUUAAGACUCGCGCUAGGAUGUCUACCAAUCACCCGGAGUAUUUUGCCGUCGGCCGGGGCAAGUCGAUCAACAUAAUCUGGCCUGGUCUAAUCAUGAAGAACGGAAUCUUCAAGUCGGGUCACGACAGGGUUGUGGACACUGAGCGUCUCACCAAAGAGUGUUCUCUCAAGAUCAACACCGGAAAAGCAGGCAAAGACUUUACAUUCAGUCAGGACGAUUCCACGAUUGUCUCCCUGGACAAGUCAGGUCGGGUCAAGUUCUGGGAUGUUCGGGAUUUGACGGCUGCAAAGGAAGGUAGCGACCAUCGUCUUCCUGCUAGGACUUCCCUUGAAAUCAAGGAGCCUUUGAUGACGCUUACUACUACGCCCGAAGGCGAGAAGGCCUGGCCCACAUCUGUCUUGCUCCUGGAUAAGCUCCGGCCAUACCAGAAGCGGGGGGCUUUGCGGUACAUGAUUGUAGGAAUGAAGCAAAACCACACGCUUCAGCUCUGGGACCUUGCCCUCGGCAAGCCUGUGCAAGAGUUCAAUCUGCCGCACAGCAAAGAGUCUGACGCGGUCUGUAGCGUCAUGUAUCAUCCCCCAACCGGAAUGAUCGUUGUUGGCCACCCUACGCGUAACUCGGUCUACUUCCUUCAUCUAUCGGCGCCGAAAUACACCAUGAAGACGAUUUCACAAGUUGAGUACAUUCAAAAGCUUACAGCCCAAGACUCAUCCAUUCCCCCCCCAGAGUCUACGGCAGUUGUUAGUGGACUCCGCGAGUACUCAUUUGGCAAUCGUGGAGUGCUGCGCAGUCUGGAUAUCCUGCCAAACCCAAGCUUGGCCAGCGCCGACGAUGAUCCAGCUCUCUUUGAGCUUUACGGCAUGCACUCCAAGGGCGUCACAUGCGUCUUUGUGAAGCAGGGAGAGCUUGGUUGGACCCGGGACAACAAGGUCAUCGCACCUGUCGACGCUGUAGAGGGUGGCUUGGUCAAGAUUGAGAAGCUGAAGGCCCCUGCACCCCCUGCAGUUGCUGAAGCGCCACAUGCGCACGCUGGCGAAGACUCGCACCCGGUCACAGUCAAAACUAUUGUCUCUCGAAACAACGCGAAGGAAUUGCUUCCAUCAGGUUCGACAACCCAAGAUGAUGCCCCGUCACGCAAGGCAACAGAUUCUACACCAGCCAAAUCAAAGGCGGAGUCAAGAGAUGAGGAUUCGGCUGCCCAGCCCACCCCGGCGACCGAGAAGUCUGAAAAGCGUGGUAGGAAGAAGAAGACUGCUGCUGCUGCGGCUGCUGCUGCGGAGCAAGGCCUUUCAAAUGGCGGAUCUGCUUCUCCUCGGGUGACCCCGACAUCAAAGCCUAACAACGGCGAGUCCAAGAACCAGUCUGCAGCUGCUCAGUUGUCCAUCAGCCAGGAAGCACUUGAUGCGCGUAUCGCUACAAUGGAGAGUCGUCUCAAGGAUCACAUCGUUCAGGAGUUGCAGGCGGCGCACUCUGCUAUGGGCAAGAAGCUAGACAACUCCUUUGGCAAGCGUGAGGCCGAGUUUGACACCAAGUUCAAUGUACUACUGGAUAUGGUUUCCAAGGUUCUGAACGAUAACACCCAGGAAGUCCUCAGUCAUAUUGUCCACAAGCAGUUCAAGAACAGCCUGAUUCCUGCUCUUCGUGACGAUGUCGCAAAGUCGAUUUCGGAGCAGGUCACUACCAAGGUCCUCAGCCAGGUUACCAAAACCAUCCAGGGCGAAGUGCAGAAGUCGCUGCCGACGUCUGUGUCAACUGCGAUGAAGCAACAAGACACAAUCAGGGCUAUCGGGGACGCUGUGGCUCGUUCGGUUAGUCGCAACGUUGAGAACGUGGUCGCGCAGACUAUCAGUACUCACGUUUCACCCGGAAUCGCAUCACUCGGAUCUCAGCUCGUCAAAGCCGGCGAGCAAAUCAGCCGGCUUGAGCAGGCACAGCGUGCCGAUGCUGCUAAAAUAGAUGAAUUGAUCAAUAUGACAACCCGCCUGACUGAGACUAUUUCCUCCAUGGCUGUUGCCCAAGGCCAGUUCCAGUCUGAAAUCCUCAAGCUACAGAAGUCCGCGGCGACGCAGUCACAGCCAAGCUUCCAUCAGCAGGCUCCUCAGGCACCGGUUCAUCAACACCAUUCGUCUUCUGGAAUCCAGCAUCCCGGCCAGCACCUGACAUCGCAGCCGCCACAGUAUGGAUCUCCACAGCAGCACCAGUACGCCUCGCCACCCAAGGCUCAGCACUUGCCCAUGCAACCUAACCAUGCCCACUCUCACGUUGGCAGUAUGGUGUCAGCGCCUUCCUACCACAGCCCUGCGUCUGCUGCUCACCAGACAAUUAGCCCGUCCCAGAUGCGCUCGUCUCAGACUGCGCCUUCUGCAUCCGGGUCUCAAAUCGGAUCGUCGCAGCUUGUACCUCAUCAGGCACAAACCCCUGAUAUCGACCGUCUCGCCUCCGAGCUUGACGAUAUGAUGAGCAGUGGCAAUCACGAUAGUGCUAUGAUGCGUUGGCUCCAAUGUGGACCGAACGACAUGGAGCUUUUUGACCGCGUGCUCAAGAAUUACGACCCCGACUUCCUGCGCAAGCUGCCUCCUCUGGUUUUGCUCUCUGUCGGUGCUACUAUCACCCAGAGCCUCGACGGUUCUAGCUUGCAGGAGAAGCUGUCGUGGAUCGAGAUGGUUGUUUAUGUGUUCCACUCAAUGCUUGGCAACUUGGAGCCCGAUAUUCGCCAAAUCACUCCCAAAAUCCUCACGCUGAUCAAGACUCGCAUAGAAACCGUCUUCAUGCGCAUUAGCAACACCCAGGCAGGCGAUCCAUCACUGAAGAACCUUGCCCAGAUGAUCCAGGUCAUCAACCGGAUGCUCAACAGCGUCCAGCCCCGUGGUCCCUAUUGAAACCAGUGCAUCAGCUACUCCGUAGCCCGGAUACAGGAAGUUCAAUCUGGAUAUCGCCCGUUCGAAAUCUUGGCCAAUUCCGAGCAGGAGGUCAUUGAUCGUUGAACUUGUCAUAGUGUACAUCAUUUUUGAUUUUGCGGCCUCGCUCCUAAUUCAUCACGAUGUCCCUUGGACAGGCACCCCUAAAAACACAAGAUUCAUUUCUUUUUAGUAAUAUUUUAUCGAAGACGCUGGCCCUCGUGGGCGGGGACCAAUCCAAAGGAAGUGUGAGAAGAAAAGCAAAGAUACGGAUGGGGUCUUGCUGGGCAAUGUGACAAGUUGGCAUAUCAUGGUGGAUAGUCAGUCACAUAUUUCUAGACGAAGCUGCCAUCUUUUGUUUCUCUUUCUGCCUUUUGGUUUGGUAUUUUGCUUCGUUCUCUUGUUUUGGAAGAAUUUUUCUGGGCCCAGGGCAGUUUUGUUUUGGCAUUUUCUUUCACCAAUCCUUGGGAUUUUGAGAUCCGAGACCUGUCAAGGCCAGAGAGAUUCAUUAUCUGAUUGAUUGGUCUCGGGUAGGAUGGAGGAGCGUGGCUUCUUUAUACCCUUUGAUGACAUUUGUUUCAUACUUUUUAUCUUAUCUUUUUGGAGUUUUGCGUCAUGCUUUUGCGUUCCUUGCACCCAAACUUUGCGAAGACUAUGUUAGUAUGUGGUCUAUGUACUGUAAGACUUUGCUACAUAUACCGGCAAAAAUCUUCUUAAGAAAGAAG